UAAGAAAACAAAAUGACAAAAGAGGAAAUGUGAUGGAAACAACAGAAGGAUGCAAAGGAACUAUUAUAAAUAGAGCAUUUGCAUCUUUCACUUCUUCACUACUUCCUCUCACCUCUUCCUUAACAUCAUCAACAAUGUCUUCCUUAUUUUGUAGUUUCCUCCUUCUUUGUUCUCUUCUCUUCUGCAUCUCUCCUUCAACAGCUGAAACAGUACCUUUUCGUCCAAAAGCUCUAGUUCUUCCGGUCUUUAAAGACAAAUGCACUAACCAAUAUAUCACGCAGAUCAAGCAAAGGACCCCUCUUGUGCCAGUUAAACUAAUUGUUGAUCUUGGUGCAAGAUUCAUGUGGGUUGAUUGCGAAGAAGGUUAUGUCUCUUCUUCGUAUACGCCUGUAAGUUGCGACUCUCUCCUUUGCAAACUUGCUAAUUCACUUGCUUGUGCUACUGAGUGUAAUUCAACCCCAAAGCCAGGCUGUCACAAUAAUACAUGUGCCCAUUCCCCUGAAAACCCAGUGAUACGCCUUGGGACUAGUGGUCAGAUUGGUCAGGAUGUUGUCUCUCUUCAAUCUUUCAAUGGAAAAACUCCUGACAGGAUUGUUUCAGUCCCUAAUUUCCCUUUCGUUUGCGGUCCGACAUUCUUGUUAGAGAAUCUUGCUGAUGGGGUUACAGGAUUGGCUGGCUUGGGAAACAGUAACAUUUCUCUUCCGGCUCAAUUUUCUUCUGCUUUUGGCUUCCCGAAAAAGUUUGCCGUUUGCUUGAGUAAUUCUACAAAGUCCAAUGGCCUGAUAUUUUUCGGCGAUGGCCCAUAUUCAAACCUUCCGAAUGAUCUUACCUAUACGCCACUUAUCCACAACCCCGUGAGUACCGCAGGGGGUUCUUAUCUAGGCGAAGCUUCAGUUGAAUACUUCAUUGGUGUGAAGUCUAUCAGAAUCGGUGGAAAAGAUGUUAAAUUUAAUAAGACUCUGCUGUCCAUCGAUAGCGAAGGCAAGGGAGGGACCAAGAUCAGCACCGUUGAUCCUUACACUGUCCUGCAUACCUCUAUUUAUAAAGCUGUUGUGAAAGCUUUUGUAAAGGAAAUGGAUAAGAAAUUUAUCCCCCAAGUGCAGCCACCUAUAGCACCAUUUGGAGCAUGCUUUCAAUCAAUCGUUAUUGAUAGCAACGAAUUUGGACCUGUUUUGCCAUUCAUUGAUCUUGUGUUGGAAGGGCAGGGUAGUGUGACUUGGAGGAUUUGGGGUGCAAAUUCAAUGGUGAAAAUCAGUAGCUUAGUGAUGUGUUUGGGAUUUGUUGACGGUGGAAUAGAACCUAGAACCUCCAUUGUGAUUGGCGGGCGUCAGAUAGAGGACAAUCUUCUACAGUUUGAUCUUGCUUCUUCAAAACUUGGGUUCAGCUCUUCUCUGCUUGUUAAGAACGCAACCUGCUCCAACUCCAAAUUUAUACCAGUCUAAUGCUAUUUUAAAUUCUUCCCUUAUCAAUUAAGCUUGAUAUUGUCAAAAAAAAAAAAAAAAAAAGAAGAAAAAGAAUGUGGAUCGUGAGAGCUAGCUAGCUGCUUGAGCACGUAGGAUCAUGAAUUCUAGUUGAAUUUCCUUAUUUGGAAUAAAGAUAAAAUUAUAUGCACGUGUAUAUAAUCUAAGCACUUAAAAAGUUUGAUGAGGUUGGCUUGGAUAUUUUUGUGCAUCAAAUAAUGUAAUGUGUGUCAUGUUUACUUUCGGUGGAAAUUUGCAAGUAAUGUCAAAGGGGUUAUAGUUGGAUUUGAAA